GUGUUUGUUUAGCAGCUCCGCUUGCCUGACCCGUCCAGCCGAACAGCACCGGGUGUAGCAUGGGUCCGUGUGCGGGCUGACGAGCUUCGGGAUACGCGCGUGUGUGUGUGUGAGCGGAACUGCGGGCAGUAAAAACAAACCGUCCCGAGGUCUCGGUUCGGUCCUACUGAAGGGGGACGGCGCCAACAUGGCAGCGGGCAGCGACGGCAGCCCCGGCGGGGAGGAGAAGACGGCGAGCCGCCGCCAGACGGAAGUGAACAGGAAGUUGAAGUACAUCAGCCUAGCUGUGUUGGUGGUCCAGAAUGCAUCGCUCAUCCUUAGCAUCCGAUAUGUGCGCACGUUGCCUGGCGACCGUUUCUACACAACAUCAGCUGUUGUCAUGGCAGAGAUCCUGAAAGUCUUCACCUGCCUGCUGAUCAUCCUGCUGCACAGGAAAUGUAAUGUGAAGGACACAGUCUUGUGCCUGGUGGAUUCCAUAGUGUUUCAGUAUAAAGACACACUGAAACUCUCUGUUCCCUCUCUGAUCUACACGCUACAAAACAACCUGCAGUACGUCGCAAUCUCCAACCUGCCUGCUGCCACCUUCCAGGUGACCUACCAGUUGAAGAUCCUGACCACGGCGCUGUUCAGUGUGUUGAUGUUGAGGAAGUCCUUAUCCAGAGUCCAGUGGGUCUCUCUGCUGCUGCUUUUUGCAGGUGUCGCCAUUGUUCAGGUUCAACAGGAAGGAAACAAGGAGGCUUCUCUUCAGGACAGCUCCGGUCAGAACUACACCGUCGGUCUCAUCGCUGUGGUGAUCAGCUGCCUGUCGUCGGGGUUCGCCGGCGUCUACUUUGAAAAGAUCCUCAAGGGAAGCUCUGCCUCAGUCUGGGUGCGAAACGUCCAGCUGGGAAUCUUCGGCACAGCACUCGGCAUGCUAGGGCUGUGGUGGAAUGACGGGCCUGCCAUCGCAGAACACGGCUUCCUGUUUGGCUACACGCCGAUGGUGUGGUGUGUCAUCUUCAACCAGGCGUUUGGCGGGCUGCUGGUGGCGGUGGUGGUAAAAUAUGCAGACAACAUCCUGAAAGGCUUUGCCACCUCCUUCUCCAUUAUUGUUUCAACGGUGAUGUCCAUCUACCUUUUCUCUUUCCACGUGGACUUCCUGUUCACUGCGGGGGCGGGGCUAGUCAUUGGAGCUGUCUACAUGUACAGUCUGCCCAAACCUGCAGGGGGAGGAGCCAGCUCCUCCUCUUCCAACCCUUCCGACUCUUCUUCCUCCCUGUCAUCGUCAGGAUGCGACAGCAGAACAAACGGAGGCUCUGAAAUGGAGGCUUUUCUGCCCAAGUCAGUCCUGGUGAAAUGAGCUGAAGUCCCCUCCUCCUCCUCCCUUUCUUUCUCUCCCUCUUCCUAUUUUCCCACUGGUCUGGGUGGGGUCAAAUGUUAAAACUGGGGAUCGCUGACUCUCUUUCUCCUUCAGUUCAAAGACAGUAGCUCCUCUUUUCUCUUCUCUUCUCCUCUUCUCUUGUCUUUUGUCUUCUCUUCUCUUUUGUCUUCUCUUCUCCUCUUCUUUUGUCUUCUCUUCUCCUCUUCUCUUGUCUUUUGUCUUCUCUUCUCUUCUCUUCUCCUCUUCUCUUGUCUUUUGUCUUCUCUUCUCUUCUCUUCUCCAGACAGGGCAGGAGAUGGAGAUAUAUUCAUGAUUUGUCCCCUGUUGUACCAAACUCUUUGUGAGAGGUGUUCAGAACUCCAUAUGAAGUGAAUCAGACAGGAAACCAGACAGCUGUGAGGAGGGAAGAGGAGGAGUAGUUAGAGAGUGAUUUCACCUCUUCUCUCCUCCUCUGUUCUCCUUCUGAACUAGAAACUUUCUUCUGCCCUCUGAGUGAGAGGAGAGAGGGACUUAACAAAGGCUUCACUGCUCCUUUCCUCCCACUGUCACUUCCUCUGCUUCCAUGUCCUCCUUCCUCGCCUGAAACAGACUAACUCCUCCUGCUCCUCUGUGUUUGGUGUGUAGGCAGGUGUCCGGCUCCCACUGGCCCUCAUUAGAGGAGGAGGACUGUCGGUCCUCAUGGUCGACAUCCUAACAUCAGUCUUUCAUCCAGCACACCCUCCUUGCCUUAAAACACUUUUUCUCUUCAGUUAC